AGGGAAAAGCAAGCUUUCUGCGUGAAUCAUUGGAUAAGCUUGGUGUUCUGUAUGGUGAAGAGGGUUUUUCUCAAACUUGAAGAAAAUGGUUUUGGCCGAAAAGAACAGCGAUAACAUUAGGAACGGACGGAGAAGUCGAGGACCUAGCCCGAAUGGGCACAUGCAGGCAGAAUCUACCAGUGAAGAUGAGAGUAGUGUGCCUGUAGACAAAAUAAGAGUAGGAAGAGACUAUCAGGCAGUGUGUCCGGAAUUGCAACCGGAAAAUCAAAGGAAACCAGAACUUUUAGCGGACAGGGCCCUUCUGGUUUGGUCACCAACAGAAUCAAUUCCGGAAUCGAAGCUUGAAGAUUACAUCGUUCUUGCCAAAGACAAAUACGGAUACAAUGGUGAACAAGCCCUUGGUAUGCUGUUCUGGCACAAACACGAUUUGGAGAGGGCCAUGCUGGAUUUAGCAAAUUUUACACCUUUUCCCGAUGAAUGGUCAGUAGAAGAUAAGGUCCUCUUCGAGCAAGCGUUUCAAUUUCAUGGGAAAAGUUUCCACAGGAUAAGACAGAUGUUGCCCGAUAAAACCAUAGCAAGCCUAGUCAAAUAUUACUACAGUUGGAAAAAAACUCGUUCUCGCACUAGUCUGAUGGAUAAGCAAGCUAGGAAACUUAAUACUCCCAAGGAGGAGGGAGGAGCGUCGGAGGCAGGUUCGGAGAAUGGCUCGAACGAAGAAUCUGACCACGAUGACAAGGGUGAGGGUGGCGCAUGUUCUAACUGCGGAGUCAUCUGUACGGUCACUCAGGUAACCUCAAAAGGAAAUCUUUGCAAUUCCUGUUUUCAACAUUGGAGACGAACGGGCUUGUUGCGGCCCACAUCUGGGCCGACGGGCAGUAAGCGGGGCACCCCUUUGGGGGCUCGUCAUAAACGCAAGCCCCCCCGCGGCAUGUACAUCAACCACGACGAUUUGGCUGCGAUGGCUUCAGGCAAUACGGGCGUCGUCAUGCUCAAAGCCUUGGAUAGAGAGAUAGAUUCCAUUCAAAGACAAAUUCAACAGAAUAAGCAGACCUUGAGUUCCUUGAAGAGGAAGCAUUCCGAUUCGAUUGAAGACUUGCGCCCGAAUAACGAAAACAACUCUCGAUUUAAUCCUCGAUGGACGAACGAAGAACUUUUGCUUGCCGUGCAAGGCGUUCGAAAAUACGGUAGAGAUUUUAAAAGUAUCGCCGACGUUAUCGGAAACAAAACCGAGCAUCACGUACGCAUGUUCUUCAUUAACUACCGCAAGCGAUAUAACUUGGACAGUAUCCUUAAAGAAUGGGAAAAAGAGCACGGGCCUCUUCCGGAUGAAGUGUCGGACAUUAAAAGUGAAAAUGACGAUAAUGAUAAUGACGUUAUUUGCAUAUCGCCCACGCCUAGCACUAAGAAAGAUAUUAAAAACGGCAAAGUGUUGCAAAUAACUAAAUGAUAAUCUUAAACUAUUGUGUAAACUGUAAUUAACAUUAAUUUUAGCGUUUAGGGCAGUUCUCUAUUAUCGGUUGCUGUUUCGACCGUUUCGACUUCACUUAAUCACCGCAAAAGCAAUAAAGGUAGCCAAUAAAGAUACUAACUAAUAUACAGUGCGGGCCAAAAACUUCCUCCAAGUUUUGUUUUAUUUGGACGGGACGAGGUAUCGAAUUCGGGUAAUAUCGAGAUGUAGAAACAUAUAUUUACUUAGAUGUCAUUGGACCGUAUUCAGCGUCCCACUUUAACUUUAAACACGGCUUUAGAGGGUCGCUUUAACUUAAACAAAGUCCAUAGUUACUCCAUAACAACAAUGUAAAAUUGUCAAGUUAGAGAGGCGUCCUUAACUUUUAAAGUGAGGCGAUGAAUACGGGACAAUAUACAGGACGUUCAUAAAAUAGAAGAAGAUAUUUUAAAGGACAAGGUCCUUGUUGAAAAAUAUGAAAUAAACUUUCUAUACCGAGAACCCAAUUCCAAGCGCUGCAAUCAUUAAAAAAUCGCAAGGACUGGGCUUAAUAAUUUUAAUCUAUUUGCCUCUUAAUGCAACAAAGUAGCAUUGCCAAUUAUCAACGGAAUCAAGUAAAUAUUUUUUAAGAUAUUAAUCAUUUUUUAAUUCGUGUAUCUUAAAAACUGUGCAUUUCCAAACCCAUGGUUAUAGAACCCUUUUUUUCAUAUUUUUUAACAAGGAAUCCUCCUCUACAAUAUCUCGGUCUUUUUUAUGAACACCCUGUAUUUUGUAUUGUUUUUUUAGUACAUCAAGAAUGUGCUAAAAUUAAAAGAAUCUGUAAUCAUUGUGCACUACUUGAAAUCCUAAAAUUUCACAUUUUUUAUUAUGAAAUAAUUGUUAUAAUAAUUAUUCAUUUGCCUCGAUUUGACUCAAUUUUGAUAUCACGCUGUAUAUCUGUAUAUUGGAAUAGUGGAAAACAUUUUCAGUUUAGUAUAGAUAUUGUGUUUUUUUUUCCAAUAAUUUCGCAUUACUAUUGUAAGUGUAUUAUAGGCGAAUAUUGAUAAAUAAAUCAAUUAGUGAUAAGACAUUUAUGAAAUUAGUAAAUUAUUGGCGGUAUUUUAUGUACCUCUUAAGCAAUGUAAAUGUACUGUAAACUUACCUAAUGUCUUCUUGGUUACGAGGUCGAUGCUAAGCCUUCGUUAACUAACUGUACAUUUCGGCCAACUUAUCUAAAGUGAAUUUUAGUGAGUGAUGGAGAAACAGUUAAUAGCCAAUCGGAAAGACGAAUAGUCCCGUUCCUAUAAUUUUAGGAUGUAUCAAAUCUACUUUAAGCCUUGCUUGAUUAUUAUUUUAGGAAUAUUUUUCUGUUUAGUAAAUUAUACAAUACGUUCGUUUACGUUAUUCAGUGGUUCUUUUUAAUAUGUAAAUGAGGAAGACUUUUAUUUUAUUUGUUUACUUUAAAAUGCUAGAUCUUUAAGGAUCCUUGUAGUCGGUUUUAUUAAAAACAUGCUAUGCUUGCAGUAUUUAUCGUUACAUAUAAAACAUUUUUAUACUUAAUGAUAUUGUAAAAUAAAUUAAUGAUUUCAUAAUUUUUUAUCGUUUCGAUUUGAUUACAUAAUAUCUCUUGCAUUUCUAAUCCACUUUUUGCAUCUAUUGUGUAUUCCUUCCUUAAAAUUGCGGAAUCAUUUUGAAUUCACAUAUUAUCGACGAAUGUUAAUUUUCGUCAAAUUAAUAUUAUGAGGGUAUGUAUGCGUUAAAAACCAAAGUCUGGAGAUUGUACUUUUUAGUAUCGACAGUACGAGUUGAGAAAAUGUAACAAAAUAUUAAUUUUAAAGUGUUAUUUAUUGAUUUGAAAUAAACGAUUAUUGUAUUGUUUCGAUACACUACAUACAAUUUUGUAAUUAAGUAAGGAACGUAAUAAAAUGUAUUGA